CCCUCCCCUCCGCAGUACUAGUCAGAGGAUUGAGUAAGGAAGAGGCUUUUGCGAGAGUCUGUCGGUUUUCCCAUCCGCUUCUCUCUCUUCCUUUUCCCUCUUGUCCUCUUUCCCGGAUCCUUUCCCUCUUGCCACUCCGGAGGUUCCCUUAGUCUUGUACUAUCAUUAUAUUAUCCAUUUCCAUUUGUUCUUAUUUACGGAAACUGGUAAACUGUAAAUCAGAACCCAAAGUAUUACCUACGGUGGAUUUUCUGCCCUACUUGGAGACCUUACCUACUACUACUGACUGACUGACCGAGUGGUUGUUGCUCUUACUACGACCACUGCACCGACUGACUACUUUUUCUUAUCGGACAAUCCAAUUCAGUCUACUUCCUUACUACUUGGCUAUCACUACUACUACCACUACUACUAUUGCCUCACUGGCGGACAGACUGAACUGAUCCUCUGAACUGACCCUUACUGACUUUGACCUGCCAAUUCGAUCCUGAUCUGAUCUACUCCCUCCCAUUUACUACGACCACCACUACUUCGCUACUACUACUACUACUACUACCACCACCACCACCGCCACUACCAGAUCAUCCUGCCUAUCAGAAAAAACCCGAGACUCUUCUUCGAACCAUGAACUUUGACCAUACUCCGUACUAUGUCCAGCCUCUGUAUCCUAAGAUGCUAGAAAGGUCUUCCUGUGACUAUGAAUCGACGGAACGUGAUUGGGAUAACUGCGUAUCAUCAGCCAUGUCGUCCCCUCCAACAUCUAAGCGAAUCAAGACUUCCAUCUCUGCCAACGCGCCAUCACACCUGAUAGCUCAACAGCAAGUCAAUCCCUUUUCAAGAGUGCCUUCUUUUGAGGGCAUUCCUAUGCCCCAAACUCAGAUUCCUCCCCAAAAUCCGCGCAAACGCCGUGCAUCCCCCCAGUCAAGCUCUGCGGCUACCAUGGCGGCGCCAGGCGCGGCUCCGGCAACUGGAGAAACCGCGCACGAGCAAGGGCCUGGGGGAUCAGAGCCUGCCCCCAAGAAGAAGGGGAGGACCAACACUCCUUGGACUGCUGAGGAAGAGCAGAGGCUGAAGACUAUGCGCGAUGCGGGUCGCACCUGGAGCGAGAUUGCCAAGACAUUCCCUACGCGGACCGAAGGCAGCGUCAAGAAGCAUUGGUACAAGGACAUGCACUAUGCCGAAUUUGCUGAAGAUGAGUCCGUAGCACUCCGAGAAGCGAUUAGGGAAUACGAUGCGAAUAAAUGGAAGGCGAUUGGACUGAAAGUUGGAAAGCCAGCCAAGGCGUGCGAACAGUAUGCAAAAGAACAUUUCAAGGAUCUUUAGAUUUCUUACGAACUAUUGACGACGUGAUGACCAAUGCAUCGUCUUCCGCACAUUUAACGAAUCGACGAUGGGCAUGAGUUUUGGAUUCACAUUGCUUUAGGCUGAAGAUUUCAAGGCAGUGUUCGAUGUUAGCCACAAUUUGCAAAGUAUCGGGCGAAGGGUUAUCGGAGUUGGCUUGCGUCUUUCAUUUUACUUUCUGCUGGUCCCGUUUGGUCGACUAUUUCCCACCUCUUCUUUUUACAAGCGCCUUUCCUGGUUACUUCGUCUUGUUCCUCGUCCCCUCAUAUCCUGGGUGAAUACCACUGUUCGUUUCGCGUAACUCCUUGACGGGUCUUUGCAGCAGCUUUUCGCCGCGGAAGGGACAGCGUACCCUGGACAGAAAUUCUGUCGCGCACCCAACAACACGUUGAAGCUUGCUGUAAGGUUUUCAAUUUUUUCUAUAGAAAGGAAUCUAGUAGAAGCUUACUCUCGGUGUCCGGCACUGAGUGGUCACCACUAUGAUGAGCUGUUGCUGAUGUUGUACUUAUAUUUCCGUAGGUGGCCGAGGUAGUAAGCAUUUUAUGCUACUAGCUGCUAGUUGCUUAACAUUUAGCCGACACAAGCCGAGUAGGGCGAGUGGGAGUGGGGAGUAGGAGUAGUCGUGGGAUAGAUAGCAGUACUAUAUCCGAAGUCGGGGAAGAUGAGAAGCGG